AUGGGUACCGUUGAAGAAUUCGACGACAGCUAUGUCGAUGAGCCCGAUUACCCGGAAGGAGGCUUUCGAGCGUGGCUUGUCGUUUUUGGUGCUUGGUGUGCCAUGAUUCCUUCUAUGGGUAUGCUUAACACAAUUGGGGUCCUUCAAGCAUGGGUUGAAGAAAAUCAGCUUGAAAACUACUCAGAGUCUACCGUUGGUUGGAUCUGUAGUGUCUACGCCUUUUUCUUGUAUAUUGGCGGAGCGCAAGUCGGGUCUGUUUUCGAUAAGUACGGAAUAAAACCACUUGUUAUUCCCGGCUCCAUCGGAAUUGUCGCAUCGAUUAUGUGCUUAAGCGUAAGCCAAGAGUAUUACCAGUUUCUUCUCUCCUUUGGCGUACUAGGCGGCAUCUCAGCUUGCCUAUUGUUUACACCGAGCGUUUCCACUGUCGGACAUUGGUUCUGCAAGCGCAGAGCUCUAGCAACAGGAAUUGCAUGCACGGCUGGCGGUAUGGGCGGUAUCUUCUUUCCGAUAAUCAUACUCUACCUUGCGCCCCGCAUCGGCUUCCCUUGGGCGAUACGGGUCAUUGGCUUCAUCAGCGCUGGUAUGUGCCUCAUCGCGUGCCUUUUGCUCAAGACGCGCAUCCCAUCGAACAAGAAAGCCGGAGCGGCAAUCGAUCUAAAGGCACUACGCGAUCCUCCGUACGCCGCUACAACGGUGGCAGUCUUCCUCAUCGAGUUUGCCGUAUUUAUUCCACUCACAUACAUUUCCUCCUAUGCGAUCCACAUGGGAGUCGAGCCGCAACGUUCAUACCGCCUCAUCACCUUGCUGAACGUCGGAUCUGUCCCUGGCCGGGCAUUGCCAGGCUACGUAGCCGAUCGCUUCGGUCGCUUCAACGUCAUGAUCACGACCGCACUAUUCUGCUGUAUUUUCAUAUUCGGACUCUGGCUUACUUGCAACAAUGAGGGCGCCGUCACAUCCUUCGCAGUGCUCUUCGGCUUCUGGAGUGGUGCGGCUAUCAGCCUAACUCCGGUCUGUAUCGCGCAGGUCUGUCGCAUCGAAGAUUACGGGAAAAGGAAUGGCACGACAUUUUCUAUAGCAAGUUUUGCUGCCUUGGUUGGAGUUCCAAUUGCUGGUGCUAUUUUGGGCGCUGAUGGAGCCAAUUACACUGGGCUUAUAAUUUUUGGUGGUGUAUUAUACGCUGCUGCAUUUUUGGCAUUCCUUACUGCAAGAGUAAUCGCAGGGCCGCGAGAGCUGAAAGCGAUUUACUAGAGAACACGUACCGUAGAGGCACUGG